AUGAUUAAGAUAUGGAGCAUGAAGAAGAACGAGGAUGCGGCGGCGAAGAAGAAGCCUAAGACCAGUGCCGCUCAGAUUCGUGUACAGAAAGAUUUGACAGAACUUGAGCUGUCAUCGACAAUGAAGACGCAUUUCCCAGAUCCCACAGAUCUACUCAACUUCUCCCUCACCAUCACUCCUGAUGAAGGCAUGUACAAGGGUGGCGCAUUCGUCUUCAGCGUGAACAUCAACUCGAAUUAUCCCCAUGAGCCACCAAAGGUGAAAUGUACGCAGAAGAUCUAUCACCCCAACGUUGACCUUGAGGGGAACGUUUGCUUGAACAUCCUUCGAGAAGAUUGGAAGCCGGUGCUCAACUUGAACUCUGUCCUGGUCGGACUUCAGUAUCUCUUCCUGGAGCCGAACGCGGAUGAUCCAUUGAACAAGGAGGCCGCGGAGGAGCUACGCAGGAACCGGGAUAGCUUUUUGCAGAGCGUGAAGACAUCCAUGCGUGGAGGCAUUAUCAAGGGGGUGCAGUACGACAGAGUGCUCGUGUCAUGACAUGUUGCAGAAUCUUGGCUGCGCUUAACGGCUUUAGAUCUGGGCACCUACACGUUGUUGUCGCGAGGACCGGAGCCGUUAGAGUAGAAGUGUAAGACUCUCUGUUCACUAUUUGUCUUCUCAUGUACCCCUUGCAUCAUCGUAACUCGCAUAGCUACUUCCACGCAGUAAGCACGUUCAGGCUCCGGACGUCAUUGCAUUGUUGCGCCAUGCCACGUAUUCUUACACACCAUCGCGACCGGACUAAAACGAUUCGAGGCUGAUCAGCAGACUACUCGUGGCGAUGCCGGC